AAGCUCAAUGUUAGGGGGAAAUCUAACUAAGAUUUCCGUGAAAAAUUCCUAGAAAAUCAUUGCAAAAAUGCGAAAAAGAAAAGAGGUGAAAAAAAACAUCGAAAUAACAAGAAAUCAAAACAAAUAUCAUUUGCACCCAAAAGUCAAAAAGCAAACAACUUGUUCGGCAAAAGAGGAUCACCCACUCUUUGCGCGCUCUCUCUCUCUCUCAGCCGUCUCUCUUUCUCUUUUUUCUUUUUUUUGAGGGGCAGCCGCCAGUCAGAAAAACUGAAUUUCAGGCCUCAGUCUUGUGUCGAACACUCGAACGUCGAGUUCGUAGAGCGGAAUCGAAGACAACGACAAAUACAGAGAAAAAGAAAUCAAAGAAAAAAAUCAACUUAAAAAUAAUACAAUAAAUUUAUUGUCUCAACUUAGUAUUGUGAAAUAGCGAAAAUGCCUAAGGAUCGAAAUAAGUCCAAGUGAAAAGUGUGUAAAGGGAAAACUUGUGAAUAUUUUCAUCAAAUUGUGAACAUAAAUUAAAAAGAAAGCUAAAAAUAAAAUACACAACUGUGCGAUUAAAAAUAAAAUAAUCACAGAUGUGACGUUUGAGAUACAGAAAAGCAUGUGCAAAAUGUCUGGAUAAAGAUUUAUAUAUACAUAUAUAUAUAUAUAUAUAAUCUGUAUCUGAAUCUGUAUACUUGAAACUACAAAUACUGUUUCUGCAAUUACCAAAUAUUUUUAUUUGCUUUCAAGUCACUUUUUAAACAAGUUUCUAGACUUCUUGUAAGAAAUUCAUACAAAUUAGCACCUAAAAUUAUAAAAAUAAAUAACUCAAAGUGAUGUGCCAAAUGUUUUUAUCAACAAAUAGCAAUACCAAGAAUUAGUUGGCAUAACUCAAUAUGUUUUGGCCAAAAGGAAAAGCUUUAAUCUAAAUCAAAAUACAAUAUAUAUAAUAUCUAGAAUUUACGUUAGAAAAUGAGUGCGCACGUCUGGCCUAUAGAAAAUUCAAGAAUAAAUUUACAUAAAUUGCUGAAACAAAAAUUAAGUGGGCUAAUAAAACGAGUUAACAACAGAAAAACCGGUCUGAAAACAAAUGUGCUUGGAAAAACUAAAACUAAAAACCAAAAAAACAAAACCAACCACAAACUGAAUUUUGUUGCGUAGGCUUUUCGUCGCUUUGACAGAAUUAAAAUCAAUCAAGACAGUCUCGCCCACUGAAAAUAAUAAUAAAAAAAAAAAAAAAAAAAAAACUACAGCGGGCCAAAAGUGCAACAGGAAAAAGCGGUUAACGCCUUUUGUCGCUUUUGGCCCAGUCGCUUUGUUGGCAUUUGUUGCAUUAGCCAAGCGGAAACUCAUUAGCCAGUUACAUGAAGACACAAAGAAAACGCUGGCAAACGGAAGUGGGGAAAACCCCAAGCACGUGGGCUUUUCUGGUGCCUCAAUGUGGGCUUUGAACUUGCUGCUGUUGCUGUUCCACGCCCAAAAGGUGUGAAAAACCAGACCAAAGUCGAUUCGAGUCAAGGUCUAAACCGAAAGAAGCUGUAAAUGUCAAACGUAUCUUAUUUGCAUUUCUUAUAUGUAAAGUUCAAGCCAAUGGAAAGGUCUGGAAAUGCUGUAAGAAAUGAUGUUGGGAUUUUCCAAAAAGGGUUUUUUUUUAUUGAUUUUUGUAGAGCAUUAAAAAGAUCGUAAAGCCAAGAUUGGAAGGGGUUAAGUCUUUUACAAUAAAAUGUUUGAAAUUUAUGAAUGUUUGCUUUGGUCUUAAGCUAUUAUUAGGCUGUUAAAAGUCAAUUUUAUUAAUUUGUAUGAAUAAAAAUCUAUACUUUUGUUAAUAUAUUUAGUUUUUUAGAAGUUUAAAAGAUUGAAAUCUUCAGUUCCCUCUUGAUUAGCUGUUUUCUUAUAACCUUUAGAUACACAUCAUUCAAGGGAAUCACAUUAAAUAAAAGUUGUUAAGUGCAGCUCCAAUAUUGGGCAUUGUUUCUGAGAAAUACUGAGAAGUCAGAGCCUAAACUAUCCAUAGAAGGCAGGCAUAAUCAGCUACGCUUAUUGUGUAUCUUGCAGAUACAUUUGUCACAGGCACGGCCAGGCACAGAAACCAGUUCUGUGGCAUUUCUUGUGUAAGCCUUUCUGAGUGCGAUCUUUUGUGGCCGCUUUCGUAUCUUUCUUUCGGUUAACCGUUGUUGGUUGCCAAAACCAGACAACAUUUAAAAUACAAAAAUAAAGAAAAUACACAGAAAUACAAAAAUACAAAAAUAUAAUCACAAUAAAGCACACGAGCACAAAAACCAGAUGCUUGAUAAUUGUUUAUGCGCAACAAUGCUGAAACGGUAAAAUACUUUUGGGCCGAAAAACACUUUCAGAAUGCGAUUAUGCGGAUAAAUUACUUGGUUUUUCUGCUGUUAACCCAUCUCCCAAAGGAAUGCUAAUCGUGUGUCGGGCUUGUUAAUAAUUUUAUAAAUGAAAAAUGUUUUUGUUUUUGUUCUUUUGUUUCGAAUUGCUAAGAAUUCCUAGGAAAAAUGCCAACGAACUACCAUAAAUAAAAGGUAAACACAAACAGCGAGUGCCGAAGGAAAAGCCCCUCGAAUUUAACAGUGUUUUUCAAGUGAUCAAAUUUGAAUAAUUUGGAAACCAAAUCAAAGUGUAUUUAAGUGAAAGAUUAACAAUAAACAAUGGUUGUCACAUCGACUAGAAGUCCGCUUCUGGCGCAAACCCAGCCGGCAAAUGCCACUUCCAGUGGCAGCCACACUUCAGCCGGCCUGCGAUCGCGUCUCAUAUUCCCCCGGCAGCAUUAUCAGAUGACAGACUUCUCGGAUAGCUCACCCAGUGGGGUGUUGAGUCCGGCCUCUUCACUGAUCGAGAAUUUCCACAAAAAGAACAGCUCACCGCAGCCACUUGGUGGUAGCAGCACAGUAGUAACCACAGUUACACCAACGUCCUUGAAUGGAUCUGCAGUGGGCGUGGGCGGUGGUGUGGUGGCCAGCACUGCGAAUGGCAGGCAAAUCAAUACCAGCUCUAGUUCAUGCAGUAGUCUUAAGGAAACCUCACAUCAGUCCACAUCCACAUCACAACAGGUUGUAAACAGCAGCAGCAGCAGCACAACGACGCGGGUGGAGAAGAAGAGUCAGCGUCUGCAUCACCAUAUAACCUCCUCAUCCUCCAGCUCCUCAACUACCCAGGCUCUGUCCACCUCAUCGGAGAUGAAGGCGGCGGAAAUCAAGAGAGAUCUCACAAAUAUCCAGAAGUCCAUGUCCGAAAUCAACGAUCUGGCCAAGGAGCGUAUCACAGGCGGACCUGGAUCCAUUAGCACCACCUCAGCCUCAGCGAUCACAGCGCCCAGCACAAUGUCCCAGACGACGACGAGCAGGCUAACAACACCCAAACUCACAUCGGCCCAUCCGUCGAUCGACGAUCUCAGGGGUCUCAGCAGCCAGGAUAAGAUCACCCAGCUGCAAAAAAAACUUCGCGCCUCAUUCGAGAAUCUGGUAGACGACGCUGACAGCAGUGUGAUCGUGACCCUGCCGGAUGACGAUGACCACCCGCAUAACCACUUUGGCAGCGGCCUCAACCUCAGCCAUCCCACCGCCGCCCAGCUGAGUGCCAGUGGAUUGAGCGGCUCAAAUAAAACAAUCGACACGAUCAAGUUCCAGGAGAAGAGCAUGAAGACCGAGUCCAAGACGAAAGUGGUUACCGAUGGCUUCAGUUCCGAACAGGCCACCAGCAACUCCGCAGAGAUGAAGCGCCUUCAGGCCGGAGAUAUAGACUAUCAGGAAAGCAAGGGUGCGUCGGCGAUGAGGAACCGAUUGGAGAUGGAUGGUGUGAAAACGGAGGAGAAUGCAGCUGUCAUUAAGGAAGCGCUCUCCCUGCGCACCGGCGACAUCACACAGCAGGCGAGCAACAAUGUGGCCGCUACCAGUAUUACGGUGCAGAGCGAGAACUUUUCUGCGGACAAGAAGGCGAUCUCCCAGUCGCAGCAAUCGCAGACGAUGACCUCCAACGGGAUCAUUAGCCAAGAGAAGCACGUAUCCUCCGCCUCGCAGGCCAACUACUCCAUGUCACACAAGGGAGUCUCCAGUACCGGCAGCAGCAUGAUCACCAGCUCCCAGAUGUCUGCAAUGAAUGGCCAAAUGCUAAAGCUUACCGAUCUCAAAUUGGAUGACCUUAAGUCCCUAACAGCGGGCAGUGGACAGCAGGAGAUCGAACAGACCAUCAAUAAGUAUUCCAACAUGCUGACCUCAAUAGUGAGCUCCCUGCAAGAAGAUGAGCGAGGUGGUAGUGCCAUAACCGCCUAUGAUGUUGGUGGCAAGAAGUCUCAGUACCUAGAGAAGAUCAACGAGGUCAUUCGGAGAGCCUGGGCAGUGCCCACACAUGGCCACGAGCUGGGCUACUCGUUGUGCAACUCCCUGCGCCAAAGUGGUGGCCUUGAUCUUCUCAUGAAGAACUGUGUUAAGCCCGAUCUCCAGUUCUCCUCCGCGCAACUGCUAGAGCAGUGUCUGACCACCGAGAACCGCAAGCAUGUGGUAGACAAUGGUCUAGAUAAGGUCGUCAAUGUGGCCUGUGUCUGCACCAAGAAUUCGAAUAUGGAGCACUCCCGCGUGGGUACUGGCAUCCUGGAGCAUCUGUUCAAACACUCCGAAGGCACCUGUUCGGAUGUGAUAAGGCUGGGAGGCCUAGAUGCUGUGCUCUUCGAAUGCCGCACCAGCGAUUUGGAAACUCUGCGACACUGCGCCAGUGCUCUGGCGAAUCUAUCGCUCUAUGGUGGAGCUGAGAACCAGGAGGAGAUGAUCCUGCGAAAGGUGCCCAUGUGGCUGUUCCCAUUGGCCUUCCACAACGAUGAUAACAUCAAGUACUAUGCUUGCUUGGCCAUUGCUGUGCUGGUAGCCAACAAGGAGAUUGAAGCCGAGGUGCUGAAGUCUGGAUGUCUGGACUUAGUAGAACCAUUUGUCACUUCCCACGAUCCUUCAGCAUUUGCGAGAUCCAAUUUGGCGCAUGCCCACGGGCAGAGCAAACAUUGGCUGAAGAGAUUGGUGCCGGUUUUGAGUUCCAAUCGGGAAGAAGCCCGCAAUCUGGCUGCUUUCCAUUUCUGCAUGGAGGCGGGAAUCAAGAGGGAGCAAGGCAACACCGACAUCUUCCGGGAGAUCCAUGCUAUUGAAGCUUUAAAGACAGUAGCCAGUUGCCCGAAUGCCAUUGCCUCGAAGUUCGCUGCCCAGGCCUUGAGAUUAAUCGGAGAGACCGUGCCACAUAAGCUAUCGCAACAGGUUCCCUUGUGGUCCGUGGAGGACGUGCAGGAGUGGGUGAAGCAGAUCGGUUUCAAUGACUACAUCAACAAGUUCAACGAGUCCCAGGUGGACGGAGAUUUGCUGCUGAAACUAACCCAGGAAAAUCUUCGAAAUGAUAUUGGAAUCGUUAAUGGAAUCCUGCUGAAGCGAUUCGAACGCGAAUUGCAAAAUCUCAAACGCAUGGCUGACUACUCAUCCAAGGAUACGGCCAAGAUGCACCAGUUUCUUUCGGAGAUCGGUUCUGAUUACUGCACCUACACGUAUUCCAUGUUGAAUGCUGGAAUCGAUAAGUGUGCUCUGCCGCAUGUCAAUGAGGAUAUGCUGAUGACGGAGUGUAACAUCCAAAACUCGAUCCAUCGCUUGCGAAUUCUCAACGCAGUCAAGAAUUUGGAGAACUCGCUGCCCAGCUCAUCGGAGGAAAAUAUGGCCAAGACACUGGACGUUUUUGUUAGCUAUAGGCGAUCCAAUGGCUCCCAGCUGGCCAGUCUGCUCAAGGUUCACCUGCAGCUGCGUGGAUUCUCCGUAUUUAUUGACGUGGAGCGACUGGAGGCUGGCAAAUUCGACAAUGGCCUCUUGAACAGUAUUCGGCAGGCAAAGAAUUUUGUCUUAGUAUUAACGCCCGAUGCUUUGCACCGCUGUAUAAACGACGAGGACUGCAAGGACUGGGUGCAUCGCGAAAUCGUAGCUGCCUUGAACUCGAACUGUAACAUUAUACCCAUCAUGGACCAGCACUUCGAUUGGCCUGAGGCGGAGAGACUUCCCGAGGACAUGCGCAGUGUGGCGCACUUCAACGGUGUUAGUUGGAUCCACGACUACCAGGAUGCUUGCAUCGAUAAGCUCGAAAGAUUUUUGCGCGGCGAAAAGAAUAUCGAUCGCAUUGCGGCAAUGGUGCCCGGCACCCCCGGUUCGGUCUCAUACCAAAGAAUGCACAGCAACGAAUCCGACUACCAGAGCGGCGGAGCAGGCGGUGGAUCAGGAGCAGGAACUGGAGGAGGAGGUGGUGGCGUCGGCGGCUCAGGCAGUGUGGUGGAUGGCCUAAUGGCGGCGGCCAAUGGCAGCGGACAAGCUAAUCACCAGGCAAAUAGGUACCGCCAAUCUCCCUCACCGGCCCGCCAGAGGGGCAGCACCUCGCAGCUGAGUGGUUAUUCCCGGGCGCCCUCGAAACGCUCCCAGAUCCUGACCCCCUAUCGCACACAGCAGGCAGCCCUGCUUCACAAGUCCGGAGCUGGCUCCGCAUCCAUGCAGAAUAUGACGCCACUAGCGUAUCUGCCUCCACGAAGAAGUUCAGCCGCGGGAUUGAGUCAUGGAUCUGGUUCCGGCAUGGGCAAUGGCUAUCGAUCGCACAGCGUGGAUGGGUUUCUAGAUCAGGCGGGUUCAACACCCGACCAAAGGAUAGCAGCUGCAGCGGCCAAAGUGACAGCGGGCAGUACAGCUCUCACGAAUGCCAGUUCCACAAGCACUUUGCAACCCGAAGAAGAGGAGGUGGAAGCUCCCCUCAGUGAUUCGGUGACGCGACGGGAUAAGCAUACCCUAUCCCCUCCGGGAAAUGUCCAACAGCACAGAAAGUCCCGAAGUCUGGACCAUAUUCUUAGUAAACAAACCCUAGCAGAACUGUUGCCACCGAAUAGCGAAGUUUUAGAUGGAACGCAGAGCAUGCAGAAUUUGGCCAUUCCAAUGACCCCGCAACCCCAACGAAGAGACACCAGCUCCUCCUCCAAGUCGCCAACACCCGAAAGACCUCCACAGCCUGCGAGAGAAAGGGUAAGGGAACGUCAGAGUCCCGAAGGUGUAAGUGCGACGGAAAGUGAGCGUGAGGAUCAGCCGGAUGAAUGCUUGCGACAUGGCAAUCAACAAAGAGCCUCGGCGUCGGUUCAUCGCGGAGCCAGUUUGACCAGUAACAAAACUUCCAACUCAUCGCUGGGCUCCAACUACAGUGCCGGGGGAAACAACAAGACGAUCUUCAAUCGAACGAUGAAGAAGGUCCGCUCGCUGAUAAAAAACAACGAACUGGAGGACGAGGAACUGUCGGGCAUUAUCCUGUCCAAGGCCACCUCCCCCAAUGCCGGACGUAUGAUAUUUUGGUAGGUGGAUAAUCACCACCCACCUUGCAUACACUCAACCCCACAGGUGCAUCGAAUUUUUGUAAAUACUUAAAAAAAACGAAACAAAACACAAUAAAUGCGAAGGAAUUAGAAAUAUUUAGCCAUAUAUAUAUAUAGAAAUUCAUUAUUACAAAAAAAAAGUAUACCCACAGUAUAAAUAUUUUAAUGUAGCACUGGAAAAUAAUGUAUCAAAGUAGCCAAGCCCUUAUUCUGUUCACAUUGUCAAAAAAAGGGAGACCUCUGGAAUUGUAUUAGUAAUUCGGAAAUACAUUUGUUCAGAACGCUUUCGAUUUUAAAACAGA